CCCUUCACCAGAUGGGCAAAGUGAGGUUCAGGCGGUGGAGUGGCUGGCCCAAAACCCACAGUGUGAGGUGCCCGUCUCGCUGACGGCGUGGGAGCCGCCCUUGGCUUUACACCCUGCCCAGCCUGAGUUAUGCAAACACUUAACGGGGGUGAGGGCUUUGAGAUUCCCAAAGCUCAAAAUCUCAGAACACAUUUUCAUAAACAAUUAUUUUGACAGCUCCUUCUAAAACUAGUAAGUGGGGGGGUCAAUUAUGUGUGACAGAGACAUGGGCUGUCAUUUGAUGCCUAAUUAGAGGAAUAAUCAGACCUCAUCCUGGAGAGAAGCACAGAGAACGUUGGCAGCAGCCGCUGUAACUGGGGAAUGCCCACCUCCGGGGGCUUCCUCUUCUAGGGCCCAGGGACACAGCCUGGGGCCCCCUGGUGCUCUGCAGUCACCCCUCCUCUCUAUGUACCUUUGAGUUCACACCUGUCUUUGCCUCAGGCUUCUCUCCAGCCUCCUGGCAGUGCCUUCCCUCAGCUGAAGCUCAGUCAGGUGACCCUGGCCUUCUCAGGCCCCCACCCCCACCCAAGAAAAGCCCCUUGUUAGAGGCACAGGUCCCAGGGUGCCUGUAGCCUUCCUCUUUGAGGACCUGAGGUGGUCGUGCAGGUCUAAGCCCUCCCUGAACUCUACCUUGUGUUCAGAAGCCUCACCCGAGUCCCUUCUAGCCAUGGCAUUCUGUGGAGCUCACUCUGAGUCUGCCCUUGAGGGGCUCACAGUCCACAGAGGAGACAGAGGAUGAGGUCAGAUGGUGGGCACUACAGCAUGGGGCACACGGGAGCAGCAGUAGGCAGCACCCCCUCCCCCCCCCCCCUCAGGCAUGGUCAGGAACAGCUUCACAGAGCUGGGGCUGGCCAAGCAGCGUCCUACAGGAAGGAGGCGCUCUCCAGACAGCUAAGCAGACAUUCAGCAGAAGGCAGCAGCAGAGAAGGGGAGGAGCGAGGGGCAGUGGGUAGCUAUGGAGGUGGAGGACCUUGGCCUGGCCAUGCUGGGUGGCAGACAUCAUCAGGGAGACAGAGGCACACAAAGAGAGGCCAGUGGGGCCAGUGAUGGGACCCUGGGAACAGUGCCCAGGUGCCUAGGUCCAGGCAUAGAAGCAGGCCCAGAUAGAUUCUGGGAUCGGGGAGGUCCUUAUCCACAAAGGCCCAGAGACUGCAGUCAGUGGCGAGGGCUAUGUCUCGGGUGGGAUAGGGCUACAAAUGCCCAGCCUCUAACUGGUGGGUACUGCAAGUAGGUCAGAUAGGCCGGGCAGAGGAGGUCGAGAGGUGCCAGCCAUGUCCCUAUCUCCUGACCCCGGCUGCUGACGCUCCACCCCUGCCAAUCCUCUCCCCAUAUUUAUCUUCCUCCUAUCUCAUGCCUCCCCACCCCUGCUCUUCCCUCUCAGCCCCCUACCUGGGAUCCCUCCCAACCCACUGGCAACUAAAAGGGGGGUGGGUACCAAGCCUAGUUGAGGAGAAGGAGGUCCCCUGAGAUCAGCCUCAAAUCAGGACCCCUCAGCCCUGCUCCCCUUAGGAGACCAGAGGUUGACAGGCUUGGGGGAGGAGCAAGGGGGCAAGCGUGAACCUCUUUUUCUCCUCCUGUCCCAGUCACUGUUCUGGCCUCUGAGCCUCCUGUAGGCCCCCUGUGUCUCAUGCUUAUGCCUGUCUCCGAGUCCCCGAGCAGAGGUCUCGCGUGCCAAAUGGCCGAAGACAGCAGGGUGGGCCCUGAGCAUGUAGCCGGAGAGUCUCCUCGCGUCCCUGGCCGCUAAACGCCGCAUGAAGCCACCAGUCCACCCUGCCCCCUCCAGCAGUGGAACCCGGGCUGCGUGCCCUCGUGGGCAUCUGGGACAGGUGGCAGCUCGUGUUGCAGUCUCAUGAAUAACUCAGGACCUCCCUGCUGUCCGCUUCUCCGAGAAACCCGUGUUCCCUGGACCAACCUCCCCCACCGCUUUAAACUUUAAUAGGCCAAACUUUAAUAGGCCAAGGCCCAGGGGCAGCCAAGCAGGUUCCAGGGAGCUAGGGCAGGAUAUCCUGAGCAGGAGAGCUCAGGCUAAGCUCUCCCGAGAGGAAGCUAACAGGGGACAACCCUGUACAGCAGGCCCGGCUCUCCAGAACUCUGGCAGCCAAGGCAGGAUGUGGCCAGGCAGGAGUCCCAAGAGUGGCCUCCACAUUCAGGGGCCUUCCGGGGAGGAAGAGUAGGCUGGGGUGACCUGGCAGGGAUCCUAGGUCAAGGUGUGGCUGGAGGCCCCUGGGAGAGCUGUGGGAUAGGGUUACUAGCCUCGACUCUUCCUGCCCAGAAACUCCCACUCUGAAGGUGGAGCUCCAGCAAAGAUACAUCCAAGAGGACGGAGACCUCCAGGGCUCUCCUGGGGACAGGCCCUCUGGCAGCAGACGGUACCCUGGGUAGGCCUGCAUGGACAUCCCCAUCAGCAGCAGAGACUUCCGCUGCCUGCAGCUAGCCUGUGUGGCCCUCGGCCUGGUGGCUGGCAGCAUCAUCAUCGGUGUGUCCGUGUCCAAAGCUGCAGCCGCCGUGGGUGGCAUCUUUAUUGGCGCCGCCAGUCUGGGGUUCCUCAUCUUGGCCUACCCCUUUCUAAAGGCUCGAUUCAACCUGGACCACAUCCUGCCCACCAUAGGGAGCCUGAGAAUUCACCCCCACCCGGGGCCAGACCAUGGGGAGGGAAGAUCCAGCACCAAUGGCAAUAAAGAGGGAGCCCGAAGCAGCCUGUCCACUGUGAGCAGAACACUGGAGAAGCUGAAGCCAGGGGGCCGGGGAACUGGGGAGGGCUGAGGCAGGGCUGAGGGGUUACCCCCUGCCCUCCCUCCCUCUCUGCCUGCUACCCUGAUCUCAGAGCCCUCCUGGGCCCGAACCAGAGGUGAACCAGGCCCUGGAGACACCAGACAUGCAUUCGCCUGAGCAAAGCUCUUGAAAAUGGAUUCCACGUGGCCGAGAGCAGGGCCUGAAGCAAAGGUGUCACUGGAGGUUCCACAGGGGACCCUUGUAUCAGGCUUUUGAUGUGGAUUUUCUCUCUGGACUGCAGCUCAGCAGGCUUCUUCCCUUUUUGAUCUACUGACUGGUUUCUCUGGAAUUGGGGGCCAGAGGUACCUCAGGCCCUUGCCCCAGCCUGGCCACAGAAAUGAACCACAGGCUGACAGGAGCCACAGACAGGAUCCCCUCAGCCCCUAAGGCCUGGCCCUGGGCUUCUAGAGCUCACUGGCUAGAUAGAAGGGCUGGAACAGAUUCUUUCUGGAUAUCAAAAACUUUGGGCCACUCCUUAGGUACAGGCUUUCAGCAAUAGCAAACCAGACAGGAGCAUGUCCUAGACAAACAAAAUAGUCAUGCUGGGACAGGGGCCCAGGUAAGGCAGUGACCUAGAGGCUUCCAGGAGGAGGUGGCUCCUGAACUGAGUCCUGUCCUGAGACCCUUGUGUGUGACUCCACCAUCCAAGGCUUUUUGUGAUCUCACCCCAGACAAGACCUCCAGCCUUCCCUCUUGUCCCCUACCCACGCACCGCUGCUGAACAAUCUCAAAUAUUCCAGCCUCCACGCUUUGUCUUGUGUUCUCCUGGAGGCCCCCCACUCCUCUCUGCCUAUCCAAAGCCCUCGCCUUGAAAGGCACAGUUCCAAGGAUCCCAUUAACACAACACCCUCCCCAUCAUCUUCCUGCAGCCCGUGCCUCUCUCCCUCCACGGGGUCCAGGCAGGCUGAAGUCUCCUUUUUCAUAAAACAAUUAUUUAAUCCUACUGAAACCUGUGCGUUGCCCUUUUCCAGUCACUGUCAGGGUACACAGUAGGUGCUCAAUAAAUGUUAGUGGCAUCAAUUUAACACAAAAACAAUUCCCCAAUCUUUCCCUGGAGAGUCAUGUCAAGGCCCCAUGUAUCUUUGUGGUUUGGGGCAAGGAGGACCUGGCCCACGUGUGUGUGGCUAUGCAGAAAACAUUGUGCCUCCCUCCACACCACUCCUCACUCACCUACACCCUCAGGGUGGAGCCGGUGUUUGACCUCUACAGAGACAUCUGCUCCAUGUGGCCUCUGUUCAUGUUUGUGAGCAGAGGACAAGCUAGGAAGAGUCUCAUUCUUCAAGGACCAGUGCAGAUGACACCUCCUCUCAGAAGCCUCCCCUGACUGUGCUGUGCUCCCACAGCCCAUAUCAUUCUGAGUGGUCUUUGUCACCUUCCUCCUCUCGAGAGCAAGGGCCAGAGGACCAGGCACACAGGUACCCAGCAGACGCUGCAAAACCAAACCAAAAGUGGGAGAGGCCACUUCAUUGUACGGAUGGGAAAGCUGAGGCCCUCCAGAAAAAAGGACUCAUCGAGUCCCGCGGUGAGAGGUUGUGCAGCCAGGCCUUAUAGUCAGGGCUCCUCUCUCCCCACCCAAGGCUCUACCCUCUGCUGUCCUUGGCACUGAGACCAGCUCCCUGACCAGAGUGGGACAGACCUCCACUCAUAAAUGCUGGCCAGUUGUGGAGCCUGUGGUUCCUCCAGCCUGAGGGAAGUCCCCCUCCUUCUACUUCCCUCCCCUCCACCUCCCUCCUGCCUGAUCACUUACCCUUCUCCACUCCCUCAACGUCAUUAUCAUCAACAUAACUUGGGCCCAGCGGCCCCUCCUUGCUCAAUAAGGAAACCCUUCUUCCUGCCCAUCUUUAAUCCUUACCUGAAGCACCCUGAAAGAUGCCCAUGGGUGGAAGGGGUGGGAAGGGGGGAAGUGGAACCUGGGCUGUGGGGAGGGUGGUAGCCCUUGGCCCACCACCACCGCUUCCCCAACACGAUCUCCCCAAGGCAGGGCUGUUGCAUCUUCAAUGCCUGGCAGAGCCCAGCACAGAGUGGUGUGGGGAUCAGAGCAGAAUAAAGUAAGGAAUGAACACAUAAAAAGGCAAGGGCUAUGUCCACUGGGGAAGAACUAGGCAGAGGUCCAAAGGACCCUUGAAACUGUGGGAGUCUUCAGGGCCUGAAACCCCGAGACCGCCUGUCCCCGAGUCUAAGUGAAUGUCCAGAUACAUCCUCCCAAGUGCAUACUGCACCCCCAUGCCCCCACCCCCUCAGCCUGGUCACAGGAGUGGUCCGUGUGGAGCUCAUGCCUUCUCCCCCUUUGGAAGGUGAGUUUGGGCCAAGUAGGCAGGGUGGUGUGGUGGGUAGUGUUAGGGAGGAAGUGCCCUCUCACCUCUGAGCAGCUCCAGAACCCUCCAGUAGUUCAGUGGGAGUGGAUGUGGGCAUGGACAGGUCAUUGGACCCAGCUCUUCCAGUGGUCUGUCUGUUCAAUAAAUGAAAUCAGUUCUGUCUGACAACCCUCAA